AAAACUUAGCAAGUGGGAGAACAUUGUAAAAAGUAACCGCCGUGAUCUCGAAUACUCAUUUGUGGCAUUUUUGUCGAACUUUACCUGCGCAUAUAAUGCAAUUUAUGCCGUCAAAAAUACCAAAUUUAGCAAGUUAAAGUUAGCAAGAACUAUUUUUAUUUACCUUCGAUUACCGAAGUUUUUUCACUGAUCAAAUAUAAACAGUUAAUUAUAAAAAUUGCUUUCACAAACUAAAGAACGGUUCCUGAAAAAAUAUCGUAAUGAUCUUUUCAUCAGAACCUUUUACAAGCGUGGGUAUAACCUCAAAGAAACUGCUCGUAGUUAAAUAAUACUGAAUUAAGCAAAAAAAUAUUUUCAACAACUAUUAUUUAAAAAUUAAAAUAUGUUGUUUUUUAAGACAUUAAACUUAAAUUAAACGAGUUAAACCAAAAUAAUUUACGGCCUAAUUCGCUAAAAAAUGCUUUAUUACUGGUAAAUACUUAUUACUGCUAUCAAAUGCUUUGUUACUUUAUUACCUUUGUUACUGCAUUACAAAACUAAUUACCGCAAACUAUUUAAAAAGAUUAUUUGCUAUUGAAACGAAUCACUCAAUCGUUAUAAAUCGGUAAUUAGCCGAAUAAAAAUUUAAAGUACAUGAACCUAUAUAUAGGAUUUAUUUUACAAUUUGGUUUUUAUGAAUAAAUGUAAUAAUAUCCAAUUUAUUAACUGCAAUAGUCAAACUGAAACAUAUAGGCAAAGUUGAUUAUGAUAAUAUGGCAGAUACUGCUAUAAGUGCAGAUGAAAGCAUUAACGAAGCAAUUUCUCCUGUAGACAAUAAAGAAUUAGUGAUAUGUGUUACAGGAUAUGUUUACACAGAACAUAAUAACAAAGAAAACUUACCUGUUGAAGAAAAGCACCAAAAAGGAACAGGAUUAAUGAAUUUUAUUAGAACUAAAUCAACGCGGAAAGUCAAAUUUAAAGACGUCAAAGAAAAUUCUAGCAAUACAAAUUCCUCCAUUAAGGCACUUCCAACUUAUAAAAGUCUAGACUCUUUAAAUGACGAGCCACCUAGAUACGAGGUGGUAACAGGCAAACCAUUGCAGCAUGGGCAUGUUGUUCUGGAACAGGAAAUUGAAAGAAAUGAAGAAGAUAACGAAUCUGAAUCUUCUGCAGGUAGCUCUCGUAUAAGACAUUUGUUAAAUAGUAAUCAAUUGAUUCGUCUGGUUACAUUUGGAAUGUUGUUUAUCGUUAUUAUUCUUAUGUUGAUUGGAAUCUUAAAAAUGAAAAAAUAAAGAAAAAACGUAUUUACUUGCCGUAAAUGAAAAAAAAAGUAUAGUGAAGUAAUUUUUUCAAAAAUUUUAGUGCUUCGAGUUUAAGCAUAAAUAAGUACCUUAAACAAGUAUUGCAGAUCAAAGACGAAACUUGUAAGAUUACAAUUAGAUGCUACAUGCUUUGGUUGCUUUUGUAACUACAGUUUCUUACUUAAAAUAUUCUGAUCUAUGCAUGUUUCUUCGAACCAAAAUAAAUUUUAAGUUCGAUUAGUUGACAAAAACGACAAACCAAGUUGUUCUCAUCCGAGGUUUGUUAAACUAUCCAUUUUGGGUUUUAAAGAACGAUUAUAUUUUUAGUUAUUUAGACAAACCGUAAGUUUAUAGGCUUGUUUUGAAGGUAAAUCCUACUUGGAGAUUUGACUUGCUGAAUCGAAAAAAAGCAUGUAAAAAACUUAUAAAAGCUAAAUGUAAUAGAAGGAAUACAGAAAAGAAAUCUAAAUUUAUAUUUUUUGAAACAUAAAAAGAAGAAACCGAAACUUAAAAUCUUAGGUUUCACUUAUAUUAAAAAUAAGCAAAAGAAAAAAAAUAUUUUUGAUUAAUUUAUAUUUAUUAUACAAUGAUAAAUUUAUUUGUUAUAUCAAUUGUACCAGCGCUAUUUAAAAGAACUACGCUUUUACAAUCAUGACAUACGCAAUUAUGUUAAAUAUUCAAAGGAAAACCUCUUUGAUUUUUACGUUAUUAACGAGUAAUUUUUGGUAGUAUUAAGUACAUUUACCAUUAA